AGACAAUCACAACCUACAUAGGUACAUAGAUACAUCAUAAAAUAAAUUAACACACUCUCCUAGUUUCCUCACAUCUUUGCUAAAAUGGCACAAAAUGGAUUCAGACUAUCCAUCCCUAACCCUCCAGCAGCCUCUGGAUACACGUUAUCCUGGACAAAUCUGUCCUAUUCCGUAAAUAAUGUGAAAAUCUUAAAAAAUCUGAACGGCAUCCUGUCCCCGGGAUCCGUUACGGCCGUAAUUGGGGCGUCUGGUUCGGGAAAAUCGUCAUUUCUGGACGUUCUCGCGGGUCGCAUUUCACCCACCUUGACCUCCGGCCAGGUCACUAUUAAUGGCGGCACGGAAAUUAAAAUGAAACAAGCUUCCCGCUAUUGUGAGCAAGAUGACGCCUUACUCACGUCCCUCACUGUGUAUGAAAGUUUGAUGUAUUCGGCACACUUUAAUCUCCCGAGUGAUACGACGUUAUCAAAAAAGAAAGAAAUUGUGGACGAUUUGCUGCAAGAAUUUGGAUUGGAGUCGGUCAAAAGGACGGUGAUUGGAGGCCCUUUGAGGAAAGGAUGCUCCGGGGGACAGAUUCGUCGGGUCUCGGUCGCCUCACAAGUUAUCGGGUUGAGAAAUGGGAUUUUGUAUUUAGAUGAGCCAUCGUCCGGGCUUGACUCUGUCGCUGCCAACGCCAUGAUUACCUGUCUCGUCACGCUCGCCCAAAAGCAGAACGCCACCGUGAUCGUCACCAUCCAUCAGCCAAGCUCCGAGACGUUCGACCUAUUCACCCACUGCCUCACUUUAGGCAAUGGCUCCACCGUCUAUCUCGGCCCACGAGAUGGCGCCAUCACUUACUUUGAUCGUAUCGGAUAUCCCAUCCCGCUUCGCUGCAACCCGUGCGAUUUCUACCUCAAAUUAACCAGCACGGAUUUCGACGCUAACAAAGACGAAGGUCGCGCCAGGCUGGAAUCAUUAAUCACCAAAUUUUCCCAAUCUCCCGAACACGUGGCAAUUAACGACGACAUAAAAAACAAUCCAAUUUCCACCUCGCAAAAAUCUGCUUCCCUCCAAACCAACGGUUUCCUCCAGACUACAAAAUACCUCGUGUCCCGCACUUUUCUUAACGCGACGAAAAACCCGCUCGCUUACUGGAUCCGGGUCGCGAUGUAUGUCGCCCUCGCCGUCCUCAUGGGAACCACGUGGAUCGACAUGGGUCUAAACCAAUCCGCCGCGCAGGAUCGCAUGGCGGGUCUCUUCUUUGCCGUGGCUUUCCUCUCCUUCAUGUCCGUCGCGGGGAUACCCGCCUUUUUAGAAGAGCGGGUAGUCUUCAUUCGCGAAAAUGCGAAUAAUCUGUACACAGUGGAAUCGUACCUUUUGUCCAAUCUUUUAGUCUCGAUUCCCUUCAUUUUCAUUAUUACGAUCGCAUUCUCAUCAAUUUCCUACUUUUUAAUGGGGCUGCAACCCAGCGGGGAGAAAUUUUGCAUUUUUGUCGCCUUCCUCUUUUUCGCGUUGAUGAUCGCUGAAGCUCAAACGGUCAUGAUUUCCGUCGCGGUGCACAUUUUUGUCGCCGCGUUGGCCAUCACGGCCUUCACGAAUGGGUUGUGGAUGAUUGUGCAGGGGUUUUUCGUUCAAAAAAAGAAUAUUCCGGCCUUUUGGAAAAAUUCCUUUCAUCAAGUGGAUUUUCAGAAGUAUGCGUAUGAGCUCCUCAUUACGAAUGAGAUGAGUGGGUUGACCUUCAAUUGUGAGGAUGAUGGGUGCGCAUGCGUUAUUCCGUCGGUGGCGGGGGAUUCGAACUGUACUUUUACGGGGGAGGAUGUCCUGCAUUAUUUUGAGUCGGGAGAUGUUUCGUACACGGAUUGGUUGCUGAUUAUGGCGGGGAUUUUCAUUUUCUUCAAGGCAAUGACGUAUAUCCUGUUAAAGAUUCAGACUAGAAAGAAUGCGUACUAAACAAGUGUUUUACAAGAGUUAACAUAGUGUGAAAAGUAAGUUUAUAUUGUUAAUUAAAUGCUAAUUUAAUUAACGUAAAAGUGUUAAUUUUAACGGGAAUUUACAUUUUCUUCGAGUUAAUGACUUGUGCAUAUUCUGCUUAAAAUAAAGAUUAGGAAGAUUUCAUGCUAAACUAGUUAUUAUCGAGCUUAUUGGAAGUUCAAGGACAAUUAAUUACUGUUGAUGAACUACCUAAAUAAUAAUAUAAUUGAUUCUGCAAAAUUUUUUCCUUGUUAAAUUUACAUAUGUAAAUCUCUGUCUGACGUAUAUUCAAAAAAAUGUUAUUCAGGAGGACAGGAAAAUCCUCAUAAAUCUUAAUGACUUCCUACCCAAUUAAUUUGGCGAUGCUAUCACAGAUUAAAAUCACAUCUUUGGAGACAUCGAAUGAGGAAAUUUCCUCAUUGGUACAACAUAAUCCUUAUUUGACGUGUUUAAGACAUGUCUCCUUAGCGACAUAUUUGUCAAACUUUGAAACUUCUUAAAUACGUCAACGAAACAUGACGUAGAUAAUUUGCUAAGCCAAUUCUUAGUACAAUUUUGUGUGAACUUUUGUUUACUUGUUAAUGUUGCUAAAUAGAAAUUACAAUCUUCUUAAUUAUAUACAUAAUGCAUAAAUUUAUGUAGAAAUUCUUAAUUAAACUUACAAACGUACGACGCUGGCCGUUUAGCUUUUUCCAAAUAAAUGCGUAUUCGGCGAAUAACAUGUACAUAAAUCAAUUCCUUGUUAUUCUCAUAUCUCUGUGAAUGUGCAAUUUAUACUCCAAUGAAUAAAACUCACAUAAAAAAUGAAA